GUGACAUAUCUUGCCCUUUCAUCACAUCUUUUUCACUUUCUCGUCUGGAAGGGAAUUUUUAAGGUGCAGGAUGUGUGAUGCUCUUCAAUCUAGUCAGCAACGAGUUAUGCAAGGAUGAUGGCUAUAUAUAUGAAACCACAAUCAUCUAAGUUGACGUGAAGUGUUUUUUCCAUCCGGCAUUCCUGCAACUUCAAAAGAUUAUUUGUGGCUACAAAGGAACGAUGUGAUGGGCACCAUAUCAUAUGAAGAAUUCACCGGGAGUUGCCUCGAAUUCCUCAAGCUGUCGCAGGAGCUUCGAGAUGGUUGGGAAGCGAAAGGUGAUGCCCUACAAGAAGGAAACUUUUACCUCAUGAAGUUGGAACGCAUUGAAGAUGUUUUACGAGAUUGCCCUCCUCCACGUGAGAAAUGUGACAGUGAUAAAGAUGGGAAUACUAAAGACAAUAUAGGAACUAUUGACAUUAUGGAAGACUGUGAAGAACUGUGCCUGGAAGAUCCUUCAGCCAUUGACAAUACAUGUUCGAAGACCAUCAUAACAUACGAAUAUCACAUCACUUACAGUAUCAGCUAUUCUGUGCCUGUGUUGUAUUUCAAUGCUUACAAUCACUCGGGGAAACUUCUGACGCUUCAGGAGAUGUGGAGAAGGGUAAGCCCACAACACAGCGAACAGAUCCUUCACCAGAAAUGGGAGAGCCUGACGCAACAAGAGCAUCCCGUGCUUGGGAGACCUUUUUAUCAGCUACACCCAUGCAAUACGGCGAAAUUAAUGGCUGAGUUUAGUAAAGGUCGUAAAGAUUUAGCAACUGUGAAAGGCCUAACGUACAUGAUAAGCUGGUUGAGUACAUUUGGACAAGUUGUUGGUCUGAAACUCCCAAUACUUUAUUUCCAGUGCCAAUAAUUGUUAGGGAGGUUUAUAAAUUGCAUUAUUGAUUAAUAUUUGAUCUCUUUUACUAGUUAUGAUUUAGUUUUACAAAAGUAUGAAGUUUGGCAUACAUCAGAUAUUGUUGAAAAUUGAUACAACUAGAUAAAGAACAUGCAAUAUAUUUACCUUUAUAUCCUUAUUAUGCUUGUAGGUUGUUAAGAAGAUAAUAGAUGCCAGUAUUUUUUUCAUAUUGUUUUAAAUCUGUAAUAUGAAUCCACUGCAUUCUGAGUCAUGAGUAAUGUCUUUUGAUAUAUUUGUACAAAGCUAGGCUUGUAUUCCAUUAUAAUGUACUUAUAAAGAGAGGGACUCUGUUUGAAAUCCAACUGUGUUACGCUGUUAUCUAAAGAUACAGGUCUAUACAUUCAAGUAUAAAAUGAAUUUCAUAUUUGUCUUUUGCCGCCUGCAACUGCGUUCUUUCAAUUUUGACCUGGAUGUAGAACAGUUAUACUUUGAUAUAAGAAAUCUAUCAAAUCAUUUAAAUAUCACGCAUAUGAAAUAAUUCGUUUCAGUAUCUGUAUAAAGAGAAUAUAUCUAGUCACUCUGGUUAAA